UGUUGCUAUUAAAGUUGAACGUGUUUCAGCAGGGCCAAGAUAGGCUAGGAAGAAAGGCCUGGUGCUCUCCGUUGUAAAUAGAAUUUUUUUGAGGGGCUCUCAGCAGCAGCUAACAAUAGCAAACAUGUAGAUGUAUUCUCACUAGAGCAAUGGGAACAGGAGUAUAAUUUUUCAUUGUGAUACAUUAGUGUGGGGCUAUGCACAUACUUGUCAAACGUUUAGUCAUGAAUGUCUGGUAAUUUAUGGAAAUUCUAGCUAGGUGUUAUUUUUUCAAUCAUUUUUUCCUUUGUAUAUUAUAGUGUUUAAAAUACAUACAUUGACGCUUAAAGCAAGAUAUUUAUCUAAUUUCUGUGACAAAAUUUAAGGAGCUGCUAUGCUAUGACAAGGAAGAAAGAAAUGAAAUUUGUCAUUUUCACCUAAAGGAAAAUGAUAGCCAAAAAUCAAACCUGUGAUCCAGGACCAUACUCUAUGCCCUAUAUGAUUUGUCUGAUUCACAUACUUGAAGAAUGGUUUGGUGUGGAACAAUUGGAGGACUAUUUUAAUUUUGUCAGCUAUCUCUUGUGGGUUUUUACACCACUAAUACUUUUAAUACUUCCUUACUUUACCAUCUUUCUUCUUUACCUCACAAUUAUUUUCUUACACAUUUAUAAGAGAAAGAAGGUAUUAAAAGAAGCGUAUUCUCAUAACUUAUGGGAUGGUGCACGGAAAACUGUGGCAACUCUGUGGGAUGGACAUGCGGCAGUUUGGCAUGGCUAUGAAGUUCAUGGGAUGGAAAAAAUACCAGAAGAAGGACCAGCACUUAUAAUUUUUUAUCAUGGAGCUAUUCCCAUAGAUUUUUACUAUUUCAUGGCUAAAAUUUUUAUUCAAAAAGGCAGAACUUGCCGAGUAGUAGCUGAUCACUUUGUCUUUAAAAUUCCAGGGUUUAGUUUAUUACUUGAUGUGUUUUGUGCUCUUCACGGACCAAGAGAAAAAUGUGUUGAAGUUCUGAGGAGUGGUCACUUGUUAGCUAUUUCACCAGGUGGGGUUCGGGAAGCCCUAAUUAGUGAUGAAACCUACAGCAUUAUAUGGGGUAACCGUAAAGGCUUCGCUCAGGUCGCAAUUGAUGCAAAAGUGCCCAUUAUUCCUAUGUUUACACAAAAUAUUCGGGAAGGAUUUCGAUCACUUGGAGGAACAAGGUUAUUUAGAUGGCUUUAUGAAAAAUUUCGUAAUCCAUUUGUUCCAAUAUAUGGAGGUUUUCCAGUGAAGUUGCGUACUUAUUUAGGUGAUCCCAUUCCAUAUGAUCCAAAGAUAACAGCAGAAGAAUUAGCUGACAAGACAAAGAAUGCUGUUCAAGCUUUGAUUGAGAAGCACCAAAGAAUCCCAGGAAAUAUCAUGAGUGCUUUGUUAGAACGCUUCCAUAAAAAAGAAAAGGCCAACUAGGAUGUGAUUCAGUGUUUUUAUCAAUAUGUUUGGUUCUGUGGUUCCGGGUGUGAUUCAAUGUUUUUAUCAAUAUGUUUGGUUCUGUGGUUCCGGGUGUGAUUCAAUGUUUUUAUCAAUAUGUUUGGUUCUGUGGUUCCGGGCUUCUAAGUUUUAUUGGUUCUACAAUUACAAUGAAAAAAAAAAAAUCAUGUUUGUAAGUAUCUUUCAUGGAACUUGUUUACUUAACAUUGUAUUCUGUUAAUUUUUUUUGCAAUCAGUUGUGUCAAAAAACUCAUAUGCCUAAUAAUUCAGAAAAUGAUAAUAUUUCAUUUGUAAGUUUUUAACAUGGUAAACAUAUGGAUUAUUAAGGUUAGAUUUAUGAAUAACAAUUUGUUAAGCACUCCGAGUAUUAUAUCUAAUUUUUGUAUUUGUUGCACUGAGCUAAUUAUGAGAAAUGACGUAGCCUUCUGGAGAGACUUAAUAAAAACAGCUCUCUUUUAUCUGCGCUUAUCCCCUCAUGACCUCAGGCAAGUCGCUUACUGCCUUUGUGCCUCAGCAGUUCACUAAAUAUGAUAAUAGUAAGAUGAGGAAAGUUGUUUUAAAUUCUCAUAUUUCUGCAGUUGGUUACUGUAGAACUGAAAUUAUAUCUGAAGUAAAUAAAGAACACCAAGCUUUUUUACAGGUUGUGUGUGUUCCUUUGGAUGUGUAAAUCAUUCCUUCAAACAUGAUCUCCAGUUGCCAAACAUAAUGAAAAAGGUAUUGUUUUCCAAAUCUAGUAAAAAGGAUAUUAGAAUAACUAAAAUUUCUAAUGAUUAUUGUUUGUACGUAUUUGUUUGCAGGAGUCUAUAAUAAAGCAAUAUAUGCUAUGCUGUGUAUUGUCUAACAUGUCAUUUAAUAAUGUAAGGUUAAAAAUCACUUGUGUGUCAAGUGGACUCUCACUAGAUGAAAGUAGAGCUGAAGUUUUACUUUUGUUCAGUAUCAGAGUUCAUUCUGUUUGACUUUGCAUCCAGUGAGUUGGUUUAUGGUUCCAAUAAAAUAUAUGUGUAUGGUAAAUUUCUGUCAACAGAAAACUGAAAAAUUAAUGGCUUUUGAUUCAGUGUCUCCUUGAAAAUCUCAUUUUAAAUGUAUUUAAACAGAAAAGCAUCAAAUCAAGUGCAGUAUCUCCCUUUCCCUUUUGUAGAUGUUAAAUUACUUUGAUAUUUGUAUAGACUUUUGAUUACCAUAGUGUAUUUAUAAUACGUGUAAUAUACAUAAAAUGGAACAAUGUAAAAAUAAAAAGUUUAAUUGCAA